AGGGUCUGUUUACCGUAUCUCAACCGCCUGCCCUACAAGAUUGCGGCGUCUUUGCGACAAACCUCGAAGCCCCACCGGUGCGCUCUACUUGACCGGAGUUCCGCGUGUCCGCUGUCGCGUGUUCCGUCGCCACGAUGAACCUGUCAAUGGACUCGUCCGAGCUGUACCAGCGGAGGGCCGAGCAGCUCCGCAGGGCCGUGCAGGGUCUCUCACUAUUGGAGUCGACGUCUGACGCGACGUCGGAUACGAGCGGGGACUACGCAAACGUGACGGCAACGUCGAAAGGCGUCAACGCAAAUGGCGGCGCCCCGCGAAAGAGCAGCGGCAGGGAAGAGGAACCGCCACCGUUGCCGCCGCCGCCGCCGCCGCCGCCCGUACACUUGACACCACUCAAGAAUGCCGUGCCUUCCGCGAACCGCGCCUCCGGAGUCACCGUGCUGCCCAUGCUUGACGUGAUGGCGUGCUGCAAGUGCGGCCACGGGUUCGGCCCUUCGGAGCAGAUCGUCAAUUCCUGUGGCCAGGUCUGGCACCCUGAAUGUUUUGUAUGCGCGCAAUGUUUCCAGCGGUUUCCCGGGGACGUCUACUAUGAGUUCGGGGGCCGCAACUACUGCGAGCACGACUUCCGCGUGCUCUUCAUGCCGACGUGCGCCCAUUGCAACGAGGGAAUCACCGGCCGCCUGAUUAGGGCCCUGGGAAGGGACUGGCACGCGCGCUGUCUCUGCUGCCGACGCUGCGGCGAGUGCCUCUCGGACCAAGGGCUGCUGAGCAUACACCGCAGACCUUACUGCAGGAAAUGUUACAACGUCAUACAAGCGGAAUACAUUGGAAAGCUGCUAUGCGCAAAGUGCGAGGAAGUAAUCGACGAGAACCCACUGAGACGAAAUGGCGAAGUGUACCACCCUUAUCACUUCAACUGCGUUAAAUGCAGCGUGGAGCUCACGAGCGAAGGGCGCGAGGUCAACGGCGAGAUGCACUGUCUCAAGUGUCACGACAAGAUGGUCACCUCGGUGUGCGCAGCCUGCCGGAGACCCAUCGAAGACGCGCGCGUAGCCUGCGCGCUUGGAAAGAAGUGGCACGUUGAGCACUUCGUGUGCGCGCACUGCGAGAAGCCGUUCCUCGGCCGCAAGCACUACGAGAAGAACGGCCACGCUUACUGCGAGACGCACUUCGAGCAGCUCUUCGGAUUCGUCUGCUUCGUGUGCAACCUGCCGUCGGCCCAAGGCUACAAGUCUCUGAACAAAAUGUGGUGCCCGCCGCACUUCUGCUGCUCCUACUGUGACAGGCCUCUUGCUACGAAGUCCAGGUUUCUCGACGUCGACUUGAGGCCCGUAUGUAAGAAAUGCUUCGAGAAGUUUCCCAGCGAGCUGAAAAAGCGCCUUCUCAAGACGACGGAGAAAAGCCGCCUUCCGAACAAGUAGAAACACGUGUCUAAAAAAAAUUGGGCUUUUUAACGUAGAAAAUUAAGAGAUAUAAAUUUAUCGUGCUCUUGCAACUGAGAUUGGAAGAAAGGUCUUUAUGUUUUAAAGACUCACUAACACUAUUAGUAAGAUGCAUAUUAUAUUAAAUCAGAAUUAGUGCUAAGACUGUUGCGCAGACUUGUAGGUAACUAACGGCGGUGCUGUCGGAUCAGCAAUAACGACGAAUAUGUAAGCGUUAUGUAUGGGUCAGGCGUAAGUGUUUCGACAGAAGAAAAUAAAAGAGGGGGUUGUAAUAAUAAACAGAGCGUUUGCUCUACGCUUACAGCGUUCAGUCUGCGUAAAUUUAUCCUGUCACUUCGGUGCACUCUGUCUUGAACUCGAUUGUGCUGCUCACUUAUCAUUUACUGUCAAUUAUACUAUCAGUUACUGUAAGCAUAACAGUGACCAGAGUGUCUCCAAGUGCGCUAAUGAUGUUCAACGCAGUGUGUACGUGACACAGAAUAUCCCGCACCCUGAAAAUGAGGCCACAAAGAUGAUUAACUAUUAAAAUCACUAAAGUUGUACCACUGACGUUUGAAAGUUUAGCUGCAUAUACCAAGGAAGAGCUAAGAUUGAAGCGCCUGCAUCUACUGAGCCCUUUGAAAAAGCUACACGUUUCAAUCCAUCAUGUAUGCCAGCGAGGAACACAUUCAAAGCAUGUGCGCGAUGUGAUCCAGGCUUUAGCGUUUCCGUGCCUCCUUGAGACACCAAGGAAUACCAGAACCUCAAGACGCUGACCUGCAAUACCGGGCUUCUCUGAGAAAUGCAUACACAGCAGCCAUGAACGUCUCGUAUGAGACCCGCUCCAUCAAUGACGUCAGCUAGCUGGCUCUAGGUGCGACGCCAGUAUUACAUAUUCGCUUUCUUUCUUUCCGAUGCCCCCCAGAAAGGGGGCGUGUAAUGAGGUCACGAACGUGAAGCGAAACUCGCAAGCAAUACCUGUGUGUCUGCCCGGCUUCCGGGAAUACGUGCGAGCGCGAAAGGUUUAUAGGUAUGACAAUAAGCAAAUGCACUACAGAUGCAUACUAGCCCUUGCACUACAGUGUAUACACCCUUGACACGCAUCGCGUACCCUUGAUACAAACCCUGUUCCCGAGGCACACAUCGGUAAGCACGGUCUGCUUCACGGACGUCAUUUCUAAGCGCAGUCUUCUGCGAGCUAUCGCGCGAUUUUCUUAUACUUUUGGUUAUUGUUUUUUGCUACCGUUUCGUGCUGGUGAACAACUCAGUUGUGAAUUGGAAUAAAAACUUCUUUGAGAAGGAACUGCUAUGAUUUUGGUACAACGUGCAACAAGGAAAAAAAAAAAAGAACGGCAAAUGAUCUUGAGAACACAACAAAAGCGAGGUGACUCGUCUAUUGUUAUCUAGCUUAUGAGCCUAUGGCAUCAACGUCGGCUUCGACCUCGUUUUCCACUCCACCUCAUGGCUUU